CGAAGAUGGAGCUCUGGGAAAGGGAAUUCAAUGCGGACAUUUACUCGGACGAGUCCACCGAGGGCAGUGAGGACGAGACUACUGACAGACCAGCCGCAAGCGAAGAUAACAAAAAGGGUAUCCGACGCCUGAAGGAACUCUACGCAGAUCGGGAUCCGCCUCUUAAGAACGGUGUCUUAAGAAAGCCGUUCAGUCUUGACAUCACACGUGCAGGCUGCGAGUUCUCUGGAGAGAUCGUGCCCCAGCCCUCAACCGAUCAAUCUGGUGAAGACGACGAGAACGAGAACGAGAACCGCAUGGCACAGUGGUUCGAGAACGCCACAGUGUCUCCCUUCGGAGAUGUUCAAGCACAAGAGAACAAAGUGGACAAGAACGUUCGCAAUGCUCGAGAGAUUCUCGCUGCAGAGUUUCGUGUAUCCCCGGACCUUCUUCAAGAAAUCGCGACGAUCUGGGACCGGAACUUUCUUCCAGCCGGCGUGCGCGUCGAGCCGUACAAGAUCCAUAUGUAUGGGCCAGGCGGGAAAUUCCGCACGCACAAGGACACCCCGGAAAAGGGGCUCGUGGGGACGUUCCUCGUCGGUCUCGGAGACUCGACACCUGGUCGUGGUCACUUGAAGGUUCUCAAAAAGUGCUACAGGGCCGAUGCGGGUAAUUGGGUAGCGUUCCACCCGAGCGUUCCACACGAGGUCACUCCCAUCGAGGAAGGGCAUCGUGCCGUCAUCGCCUUCAAGGUGUACAAACAGGAGCCCGUGCCUGGUCAAGAAGUAGUGCCACGCCAUGACAGCUUGCAAGAGGAGAUUCGCAGUCAGAUGGAACACGCGUUUGCCGCGAUGCACGCGCCGUUUGGCCUCUUGCUCGAACAUCAAUACUGCAUGGGAACGACCGAGUUCAACGGGUUUGACAGCAUUCUGCGCGACACGGCGGUGAAGUUCGCGCAGAAGCAUGGCUCCGACGUGCAUUUUCUCCCUGUCCUGACUAAGUUCGACGGAAUCUGCAACAUCGACGAAUACUCGAACGGCCCGCCUGAGUCCGAGGCGGAAGUGUACCCCCUGACAGAGGUGCAUGUGAACGCGAUUCUGAAGGCGUUCCGUAGCAAGGACGUGCAGUCCAGGUAUGGGGAAUACAUGACACCCGAAGGCAGAUAUAACCUUAAGAUCACUACGCUCUGCGUGAAGACGGGGGAAGAGUGGCUCGACGACCUCGAAGACGUGCCGUUCUACGCCUUGGACUUUGAGGAGAGUUCCCUGAUCUGGAAAAAGGAUAUUGACGAUGGAGCGGAGUACACGGGCAAUGAAUCUCGGCCGGCGACUGAGGACAGCAUCUAUCUAUCUUACGCAAUGGUCGUGAUCCCUAAGGAGGAAGAUGGUGAGGAGAAAAAGGCCGACAACCAGUUGUAACGUCAUGUAAAAGCUGGAGGCGGAUGGCUAGAGUGCACUUUUGUUGAUGAUUUAGAAACACGGCUUCCAGGAUGGUUCAAUGCUAUUCUAAUUGAGGGUCGCUGCGCGUGUG